AUGGUAUAUGAUGGUGGCCAUUACAUUGUUGUUGAUUCACCCUCCGCAACGGAUGUGCAUUCAAAAGAGCUCAUGUUAAAAGGCAUCGCAUCGAGAAACAUCGCUCCGGGAGAAAUACAAUACGUGGUGACUACUCAUGGUCAUCCUGAUCAUUUUGGACAAGGAAAUUUCUUCCCGAACGCAAGACACUUUUUUGGAAGUUAUGAGUAUUCGGACACUAAUUUCAUCUCCACAGAACUUCACACGAAGGAUAUUAUGCAACUGACUGCGAACGUUCAGCUCUGGAACACCCCUGGCCACACAGCCCAGGAUGUGACGGUCAUGGUCCACAAUGUCUCGUGUUGCGGAAUAAUUGCAGUUGCUGGUAAAUAA